UUAAUUUGAAUAUUCAUUUAGUUUGGCGGUAGUCGUGGAGAGCGUUAGGCCACACAAUCGGGUUAGUGGUUGUCUGGUUGACCCGUAUACUAAUAAACGGGUGGGUCAAACUUGAAGGAUUCAUACAAAACCUCUCAUGAUUCCUGUACGUUCAGCUUUUAAUAUUCUGAACCAUCGUCCUCCUGCACUUCCACUGUUCUUAAUCCCUUACUCAUCAUCUUCAACGAACAAUUUGCUCAGAUCCGCCAUGGAAACAGAUAAUAAGGAACCCAAAAAGGAUGAGCAGCAGCAGAGAGAAGCGUGUGAUAAUGGAGCAUGUGAUAUAUCAAAGAAGGUUGCGGAUGAUAUUCUUCCACACAUCCUUAAUCUGUAUGCAUCGCGUGCCUCACCUCAAGAUUUUGAAAUCUAUGCUCCUGAUGCAUCCUUUGAGGAUCCACUUAUGUGCGCUCGUGGGGUAAAACAAAUCAAGUCAGCCUUUUAUUCUCUUUCAAAGGUCUUUAGUGAGUCAAAAAUUGUAGAGUACACCUUGCAAGAAAACAUUCUUCCUCAUGGAACAAGAGAGAUACUCAUUGACAACAAACAAUACUACAAGUUCAUGGGAAAGGAUAUCGAUAUGAUAUCGCUCAUCAAGCUCUAUGUAGAGAAUGGGAAGGUCAUUCGCCAUGAAGAUUGUUGGGACAAGAAGCCACUAUGGAACAAAGAGACUUCUAAGGUGCCAUUGGUUGGGAAACUUAUUGAAAUGGCCAAAAGGGGUUCCAUGUUUGCUACACAUGCUAUGAUGAGGUUUGGGAAGGACCCAACUACAUAAUCAUAACAUAAAAAAGGAUAAUUCGUCAUUUAGUAAGAGGUAUUUGUGUAUGAACUUGUAAAUUUAGAGAUGUAAACGAGUUUGGCCGCUCAUGAGCUACUAGAGACCAACUCGCUAAAAAUUCAUCGAGUCAGGGGUUCCAAGUUUGAAAGACAUGCUAUGAUGAGGUCUGGGAAGGAUCCAUCUACAUAAUCAUAUAAAUAAAGGAUAAAUUGACAUUUUUUAAGAUGUAUUUGUGUAUGGAUUUAUAAAGUUUGGCACCUCGUCUUAUGUAA